GCAUAGUAAACGUAUACUUCCGUUUUCGGUUCACGAUCAGCAGACACGUAGAUUAGAUCUAUUUGUAAAUUCAAAAUAAAGACUUGUUAAGGAAGUUUGGCGCGGAGAAAAAUGUACUUGCUUUUAUUUUACCAUAUGAAUAAAAAUUUGAUGCUAUAAUUUAUUUUUAAUGACUAUUUAUUGAAAGUAAAAAAAAAGACAAUUUUUCACAUAUGUUUACUCUUUUUAAACAGAUGAAGAUAGUUUUUGUUCUGAUAUUAGUUUGUACAAUUGACGUCAUUGUUGGACCUCCUGUUCAACCUGACAAAAAGAAGGCAGAGGAGGAAGAAGACCCAUCGAUGGGAUUAGAAUAUGAGCGUUAUCUAAAAGAAGUAGUUAAUAUUUUGGAAAGUGAUGAAAUUUUCCGAAAAAAGUUGGAAGGAAUGAAUAGUACAGAAAUUGAGCACCAAGAGAAAUUUUUGAUCUAUAAUUCCUAUUUACAAGACGUAUUUAACGUUCUCAUGAGUGAUAAACCAUUUAACGAACGUCUAUCAAAAGUAAAAGAUAUUGGUAAAGAGGCUGGUGACGUAGCGCAACAUCUGGAAUUAGUGUCAAAAGGAGUACGUUCAAAAUUAGAUGAAUUAAAGAGGCAAGAGAUUGAAAGACUAAAAAUUAUUGCUAAACUACUCAAAAAGAAUAUAAAUCAACGCGAUGUAAAGAGAUAUAGAGAAAAACUAAUCGACCUUGUCGAACAUUUGGAUCAUAGUAAUCCAACUUCUUUUGAAGAGGAUGAUUUAAGACGAUUAAUUAAAAAGGCAACUUCUGAUUUGUCUACUAUCGAUAAGAAGAGACGGGAGGAAUUCAAAAAUUAUGAACUAGAAAAAGAAACUAUUCGAAGGGAGAAAUUGAAGAAUCUCGACGAAAAUAAACGUAAGGAGGAAGAGAAAGCUUUUGAAGAAUUGCAAAAGAAGCAUAAAGAUCAUCCAAAGUUACAUCAUCCCGGAAGUAAAGAUCAAUUAGAAGAAGUAUGGGAAAAAGAAGAUGGCCUCGACAAAGGAGAUUUUGAUCCAAAAACUUUCUUCAAUUUACAUGAUAAAAAUAGCGAUGGUUAUUUGGAUGAAGAAGAAAUUGAAGCACUCUUCCAAAGAGAAUUGGAUAAGGUUUACAAUGCCGAUCAGCCUGAAGACGACAUGAUUGAACGAUUCGAGGAAAUGAAUAGAAUGAGAGAACACGUAAUGAACGAAAUGGAUAAGGAUAAAGAUGCAAUGCUCUCUUACAAUGAAUUUAUUGAAGGUACAAAGAAAGAUGAAUAUAAAAAGGACGAAGGAUGGAAUACAUUGGACGAAGAAAAACCAUUCUCCGAAGACGAACUACAGGAUUUUAUGAAAGAGUUCGAAGAGAAGAGAAAAGAAAAAUUUGAAGGUCACGCUCAACCUGGCGAAGUUCAUGUGCCUGUUGAUCCAUCAGCUGUACCCAAGCCUGCAGAUCAUUUAGAAGGCGACAAAAAAGCACCUGACGUUCAGCAUAUGGAACAACCUAAUCCCUCCUUAAAAGAACAACAUUAA